AAGAUUAUUAUGAGAGCAAGAAUUAUGAUGAAUAUGAUGAGUGCAUUGAUUAUAUUGCUUUGAACUUACUUCCAGCGAUUCAUUUCAAGUGAUGCUUUUCCGGAUUUGCGGAACAUAUAUUACCGUGCUUGUCUUCAUGCCGUAGUAAUGAGUUGCAUGCUUAUUGCUAUGAAGACGAGAGACAAAUCCUUCGACAAGAAAAUUUAUAUGCAACAGUGGCCUGAUUUGAAUUAUAUUGGUGAACAAUAUAUUAACUUGGUUGGGAAUGUGAUUCUCAAAGUAAUCGGACCUCCUGCAAAUUGUGUAAAUCCUCUCUUCUACGUGUCGAGCUUCUUGUAUUUAGCAGCAGAAGCGAGAAGAAGCUACAAAUUACAUACCAUUGAGCUCAUACUUCAGUCAGAGUAAGAGAUAAAGAUUACACAAUUUAGACCUUCAGAAAUAGCAGCAUCAGCUGUUCUUAUCAGUGUCAGUUUCGACUCUGUAGCAAAGUUUGACGAAGUUAUGGCAAUAUUUAUAGGCGGAGAUUUCAAAAUGGAAAGAAGAAGAUUAGAAGAAUGUUCAUGCUUGAUCAAAAACUGUUUCAGAAAAGAUGAAAUGCCGACUCCGAAAAUGAUGAGAAUUUGCGGAAGGGUUUAUGUAAAUGAAGGAUUAAAAUUAAGUGCAACAGCCGAACAAAAGGAAGACGACGACACUAGUGAAUCAUCUUCGGCCUACAAAAUGACAAUGUAUGAGAUAGAAAACGAGGAGCAUAAACUGGAGGAUAUUGAACUGGAAUGGAUGUUUGAACAGGAUGACGAGAUGUUCACAACUUUGUUUCCAGUUGAGGAAUGGAUAAAAGCUUUCCUGAAGAAUUGGAUUGAAGAAAAAUGAAUAAUAUAUAUACAAUCAUUGCACAAAUCAUUUGCAUUGUACGUAUCUCUGUUGAGAAUCAGACUUGGUUCGUCUAAAAUUCAUGUUCAUGUAAUGGCUAAACAAUAAGCUUUGUAUUUGAUUAAUGA